UUUGAUAAAUUCUUUAAAAUUUAUAAACAUUAUUCUUCAAACAUUAUCAAAACCAAAGUUCUUAAUUUUUUUAAAUAUCAAACUGCAACUAAAUAUGCUGAAGAGCAUAAAAAACUACUACUCCAAUCCUUUAUUAUUGAAUCUAUUACAUCUCUUCAAAAGUGCACUCUAUUAGUUAGGAAACUUGUUCUUUUUAAUGUUCAUAUUUACAAAAACUCUGAUGAACACAAAUGCACAGUUCUUCCAUCUAAUACUGAACAUAACUUUCAAAAUCUCUCAACAUAUUACUUUGAUCAAUCUUUCAAAAAAUUUCCUGUUCCUAUUUCUGACAAAUCAAGUCCAUCUACUAAAUCUAAUCAACCAGUAUAG